CUGAUCACACUUCCUGUUUCUACAUAAAUCUUCACUCUGUUCACUUCAUGCUGACUCAUCACAGUCACACUGGAUCCAUAGAAAUCUGCUCAUGUAACCACAGAUCCACUGUAGGAACAUCGAGCUGCUGCUUCAGUCUCACUGUGGCUCUGCUCAGGACUGUGGACUCAGUCUGUGCUCUGGACUUCAGACUGACUCCACACUUCCUGGUUAUUCAUCACUUCCUGUUCUGAUGACUGUUUUUUCAUCAGUUCCUGUUCCUAUUAGAUUGAUUCUGGAUCUGAUUGAUCAUAAGGAUUACAGACGUGAAAACACCUACAUAUAUAUAUAUAUAUAUAUAUAUAUACAUAUAUGUAUAUUAGUGCUGUCAAAAUUAUCGUGUUAAUUGUUAAGAUCAAUGCGAAAUGUUUAACGCGUUAAAAAAAUGUAACGCUGAUUUUUUUUAUCAAUUUCCUGUAAUCUAAGACCUUUAAACGCAUGAGCACCUCUGGAGGAGGGGGCAACAGUGUGCUAUGCUGGCGUUUGGCCUGACAGAAAUGAUUAGAAGAAGAAGAAGUGACACCAUGCUACUAUCUAGCUAACACUAGCUAACACACGCAAGCAUGGACGAGGGUGGACUUUUGGGUGGAAAGUUUCUCUUUAAGAAGUUGCCUGAUGGCUUGUUGGACAAAACGAGAGUAAGAUGCACAAUUUGCAAAGCUGAAUUCAAGUACCACAGAAGCAGUUCAUUACUGGCGUAUCACCUGAGAGCAAAACACCCAACUGAAUCCACCUCUACGGGACCUCGCCAGUCUACGCUUCAGGAGUAUGGUGCUUGUGGACGAAUAACAAAAAAUGUGAGAGAAAAAUUAACCAAUUCUUUGGUUGUUUGGAUAGCUAAAAACUGCCGACCAGUUAGCAUAGUAGAAGAUGAUGGACUGAGAGAAGUCAUUCGCGCUGCAUCAGGAGACGAGUGUUACAAUCUGCCCUCGAGAGGAACCAUUGUGUCGAGACUGCACACUUUGCGGACCAGAGGGCUCAGCGGUCCAGCAAGCUUGUGCAAGUAAGGAACGUCGCUCUCACCGGAGACCACUGGACUUCGGUGAACAACGAUAAUUACUUGGGGGUCAUGGCGCAUUUUAUUGAUAACGACUGGACUAUGCAAUCGUUUGCACUAACAGUGAGUAAAACUGAAGAGAGACACUAUGCUGAGGCGUGUGCUGACCAUUUUCUGAAUGUUGCAAACGAAUGGGAAAUCAAGGACAAGGUAACCACGCUUGGCACUGACAGUGCUCGUAAUAUGGUUGCAGCCACCAGACUACUUCCAUUUGAACACAUGCCCUGCAUGGCCCACAUUCUGCAGAGUGCGAUCACAGUUUCUCUUAAUGACAGCGCAUUUGAAAGGGCUCUGGCCAAAUGUCGCAAGAUUGUUGGACAUUUUAAGCAUAGUCCAGCAAACGCUCAGGAAUUAAAGGCACAGCAAGCUGCACAUGGACAUCAAACAGAACCGCUUGUUCAGGAUGCUCAGACAAGAUGGAACUCCACCCUAGAGAUGAUCAAGCGGAUCCAGAGAAACAAAUCUGUGCUCACCACCAUCCUGACUCAGCAAAACAGCACAGUGACCAUGCUGACUGACCAGGAGCUUGACAGACUGCAAAAGCUGGAGGAACUACUUGAACCUUGCAGAUAUGUUACCGAACUGCUGGGGGGAGAGCGCUAUGUCUCCUGUUCCAUGGUGCUGCCAGCCUUGUGUCAUUUGUUCAGGAUUAUGGAGCCCUCAGAUGAUGACCCAGUCUACGUUGUGAAGUUUAAGAUGGUUUUUACCACAGACCUAGCUCAGCGGAGGGCCAGCAGCAAUCUCACAUGGCUGAAGAUCGCUACUGCCCUUGAUCCCAGGUUUAAAGACCUUAAAUGCCUUCCCAAAGAUGAAAGAAGAGAGGUGUGGGCAUCAGUACAUGACCUUCUGAUGGCAGAGACGGUGCACACCAACCAUCUGCUCAGACAACAGAGGAACCCUCACCAAAGAAGAGCAAGAUGUCCAUCUCCUUGCUGGGUUCUCCUGAUUCAGAUACAAAGGAAGAGGAAGAUGCUAUAGACUGCUGUCUGAAUCUGUACAAAGCAGAGCCCAAAAUUGACAUAGGGGAGUGUCCACUACAGUGGUGGUUAAAGAGAGAAGGAGCACAUGCCAGGCUGGCACCUAUUGCACGCAAGUACCUGUCAACCCCUGCAACCACAGUGCCUUGUGAGAGAUUAUUCUCACUCUCAGGUCACAUCAUUCAAAAGAAGCGUGCGUCUUUGUCAUCAGACAAUGUAAACAGAAUAGUCUGCCUCAGUAACUGGCUGAGUGCACAGAAGGACUGAGCCAGAUUGCUCCUUUAAAGUGAAAAAUGUUCAACAUUCCGGGUUUUCAGCUCUUUUUGUGUUUUAAAUACUGAGUUUUGUGCACCCUUUAUUGUUAUGAUAUUCACUUUAACCUGUAGGCCUGGGUUCGGUCACUGUUGAUGGCCUUAAAGGUGUUUUGUAAGUUUUCACUGUGUUAAAGAUUGAUGACAACUAUUAAAAUUCUCUUUGAAUUUCA